AUGCGUAGCCUCUGUGUAGGCCUCUGCCCAUCAAGGCCAGCGCCGGUCCCCACUGUGGGACCCGGCAGCAAGAUGAGCUCAAGGCUGCUGAUCCCCUGGAUGCUGAGCUCAGGAAAGCUGUCACCAGUGGGAGCCCUGCGCCAGGAGACGUCAGCUCUGCCCGGACCGGCAGUCGAGGCGGCCGGAGCUCGGACCAGCGCCCGCCGAUUCGGCCCAGCCCCUGUUGCCGGUCACCCACCAGCAGCCGCAGCCGACCACCAGGCCGGAACCCUCAACCCCGGACCACAGGAGGAGAUAUUUGGAAUAAAGGGGAUCAAAAGCUCGGUGAAGGAGAAGGAAUGUGCCAACCGGUGGGUGAAACCUGCCCUGGUCAGGCGGGUGGGGUCCACGAGGGUGCAGAGAGGGCGGGCUCAGAGAUCAGAAACUUCCAGAAGCCAGUGGGUCCGGGUGGUCACUUCUCGCUCCUCGGUCCCUCUCGCAGGUAACCAGCCUCACGGUGGGGCCGGAGACCCUGACCUCUCAUCGGACGGCAGCGAGGGGUCACCUCUGGACUGGACAGCGAACGGCGGGAUGGAGGGUGCGGACCCCCUGACCUCGCCCGGCAGUGCAGCCGCUCUCCAGAGGAGGCGCACACUUCACACUCGGAGCAAAUCGCAAGCAAAUACUUCAGCAAACCGGGCCCCACGAGCCCUCUACUGUCUUAACCUCAACAACCCCAUCCGGAGAGCCUGCAUCAGCUUCGUCGAGUGGAAGCCCUUUGACAUCCUGAUCCUCUUGACCAUCUUUGCCAACUGUGUGGCGUUGGCCGUGCACAUCCCAUUUCCCGAGGAUGACUCCAACCAGAUCAAUCACAGCCUGGAAAAAGUUGAAUAUGUCUUUCUUAUCGUUUUCACCGUGGAAACAUUUUUCAAGAUUAUUGCUUACGGCCUUUUCAUGCACCCGAACGCCUAUGUCAGGAAUGGAUGGAACCUCCUAGACUUUGUCAUCGUCAUUGUCGGCCUCUUCAGCGUCGUCCUGGAAACCGCCACCCACAAGCCCGGCGAGGUCCACCACAUGGCAGGGAAGUCCGGAGGCUUCGACGUCAAGGCCCUGAGGGCGUUUCGCGUUCUGCGGCCCCUGCGCCUGGUCUCGGGCGUCCCCAGUUUACAGAUUGUGCUGAACUCCAUCAUGAAAGCAAUGGUGCCCCUCUUACAUAUUGCACUCCUUGUGCUCUUCGUUAUCAUUAUUUAUGCUAUUAUUGGACUGGAGCUAUUCAUUGGGAGGUUGCACAAGACGUGUUUUUACAUUGGGCAGGAGGCUGUGGUGGAGGAGGACCCCUUGCCCUGCGCCUUCUCAGGCCACGGGCGGCAGUGCACCCUGAACGGCACUGAGUGCCGGGGCAAGUGGCAGGGCCCCAACGGGGGCAUCACCAACUUUGACAAUUUCUUCUUCGCUAUGCUGACCGUGUUCCAGUGCAUCACGAUGGAGGGCUGGACCGAUGUCCUGUACUGGAUGCAGGACGCCAUGGGCUAUGAGCUUCCCUGGGUCUACUUUGUCAGCCUUGUCAUCUUUGGCUCCUUUUUUGUGCUUAACCUGGUCUUGGGCGUGCUGAGUGGUGAGUUCUCCAAGGAGCGUGAAAAGGCCAAGGCGAGAGGGGAGUUCCAGAAGUUGAGGGAGAAGCAGCAGCUGGAGGAGGAUCUAAAGGGAUACCUGGACUGGAUAACGCAGGCCGAGGACAUUGACCCAGAGAACGAGGACGAGGAGGAAGAGGGUGGCAGACACCGUGUCACCCUGGCUGAUAUCGCCAACAAGAAGCGAGGGAAACUAGGAUGGUUCAGUGCCUCGAACGAGACACACGCGAGUCUUCCAGCCAGUGAGACAGCCUCGAUCAACACAGAGAUUGUCGGGGAGGAGGAUCACAUGGGGUGUUGCGCCCAGUGCAUGACUAAACUUUCCAAGACACGUAUCUGCAAGCGCUUCCGCCGGUGGAACCGGUGCUGCCGGAGGAGGUGCCGGGCGGCCGUCAAGUCGGUGACGUUCUACUGGAUCGUUCUGCUGCUGGUCUUCCUGAACACCACCACCAUCGCCUCGGAGCACCACAACCAGCCCGACUGGCUGACCCAGAUCCAGGACAUUGCCAACAAAGUCCUGCUGGCCCUCUUCACCUGUGAGAUGUUGCUGAAGAUGUACAGCCUGGGGCUCAAUGCCUACUUCAUCUCCUUCUUCAACCGCUUCGACUGUUUCGUGGUGUGCGGGGGUAUUGUGGAGACCAUCCUGGUGGAAUUCCAGGUCAUGUCGCCGCUGGGCAUCUCCGUUCUCCGCUGCGUUCGCCUCCUGAGAAUCUUCAAGUUCACCAGGCACUGGUCGGCCCUCAGCAACCUGGUCGCUUCACUGCUCAACUCCAUGAAGUCCAUUGCCUCGCUACUUCUCCUGCUGUUCCUCUUCAUCAUCAUCUUCUCCCUCCUGGGGAUGCAGGUUUUUGGGGGCAAAUUCAACUUCGACGACACCCAGACCAAGCGGAGCACGUUUGACACUUUCCCUCAGGCUCUCUUGACCGUCUUCCAGAUCCUGACCGGGGAGGACUGGAAUGUGGUGAUGUACGACGGGAUCAUGGCCUUCGGAGGGCCCUACUUUCCCGGGAUGCUCGUCUCCAUUUAUUUCAUCAUCCUCUUCAUCUGCGGCAAUUAUAUCCUGCUGAACGUGUUUUUGGCUAUCGCCGUGGACAACCUGGCAGAUGCCGACAGUGGUGAUGCCAAGAGGGGCCAGAAGGAUGGCAAGGGGAGGUGACUGUUUGGUUCGCUUUUCGAUGAUCCUAUUAAUCUGGUUUGCUCCCUUUCCUGUUUCGAGUACCUGUCACCCCGCAGCUCCCCUUGUGUCUCUGAUCCAAUCGAUGACUGCCCAGCUCCUCAAAGCCUCCGAGCUGCUGUCCCUGGGUCGGUGUACCCAGUACCUUUUGCCACACUCUCCGAGAUUUCCAUUGCCGGAUACUGGACGGAAAGCCGAACAGUGUUUUUGAUCCUCUGCAUUGCUUUUCCUCCGGCGGGACAGGGUGAAGAUUAUGGGCAGGAGGAAGACUUGAGUGACACAGGAGCCCUCCGACGGCGGCUACAGUCGCGAGGCAGGCCCUCCGCUGGCUGCAAAGCGCUUCGGGGUGUCCUGAGGGAGGUGGAAGGCGGAGGAGGGGAAGACGACGAGGGAGGUCGCGCGGAGAGCCUGGUGGGCUCCACGGUGGAGGAGCUGUCGAACUUCGCCCCGCCCAAGGAGAAGAUCGUGCCCAUCCCAGAGGGCAGUGCCUUCUUCCUCCUCAGCUCCACCAACCCGGUCCGAGUGGGAUGUCACCAGCUCAUCCACCACCACAUCUUCACCAACCUCAUCCUCGUCUUCAUCAUCUUCAGCAGCAUCUCACUGGCAGCGGAGGACCCAAUCCGAGCCCACUCCUUCCGAAACAUCAUCCUGGGCUAUUUCGACUACGCGUUCACCUCAAUUUUCACGGUGGAGAUCUUAUUUAAGAUGGCAACAUUUGGAGCGUUCCUCCACACGGGGUCCUUCUGUAGAAAUGCCUUCAACCUGUUGGACCUACUGGUGGUCAGUGUAUCUCUCAUCUCCUUCUGGCUCCAUUCAAGUGCGAUGUCAGUGGUAAAGAUCCUGCGAGUGUUGAGGGUGCUGAGACCCCUUCGAGCUAUUAACAGGGCCAAGGGACUGAAGCACGUGGUUCAAUGUGUCUUUGUCGCAAUUAAAACUAUUGGGAACAUUAUGAUUGUGACGACGCUUCUUCAGUUCAUGUUUGCCUGUAUCGGGGUCCAGCUAUUUAAGGGCAAGUUUUACAGUUGUACAGAUGAAGCCAAGCACACACCUGAAGAGUGCAGGGGCACCUUCAUCGUCUUCAAGGACGGAGACGUCACCCAGCCCAUGGUGCGCCAGCGCAUCUGGCACAACAACGACUUCACCUUUGACAACGUCCUGGCCGGGAUGAUGGCCCUCUUCACCGUCUCCACCUUCGAGGGCUGGCCCGCCCUCCUGUACAAAGCCAUAGAUGCUAACGCGGAAAACGAGGGCCCUAUCUACAAUUACCGUGUGGAGAUUUCCAUCUUCUUCAUUGUCUACAUCAUCAUCAUUGCGUUCUUCAUGAUGAAUAUCUUCGUGGGAUUUGUCAUCAUCACCUUCCGGGAGCAGGGCGAGAAGGAAUAUCAGAACUGCGAGCUCGACAAGAACCAGAGGCAGUGCGUUGAGUACGCCAUGAAGGCCCAACCUCUGCGCCUCUACAUCCCCAAGAACCGCUAUCAGUACAAGGUCUGGUACAUGGUCAACAGCACGGGCUUCGAGUACAUCAUGUUUGUCCUCAUCCUGCUCAACACCAUCACCCUCGCCAUGCAGCACUACGAGCAAUCGGAUCCAUUUAAUUACGCCAUGGACAUACUAAACAUGGUGUUCACCGGACUCUUCACAGUGGAAAUGCUGCUGAAGAUCAUCGCUUUUAAACCGAAACAUUAUUUCUGUGAUGCCUGGAAUACCUUUGAUGCAUUGAUUGUGGUUGGGAGUGUGAUGGACAUCGCUGUGACUGAGAUCAACAACGGCGGACAUCUGGGUGAGAGUUCAGAAGACAGUUCCCGGAUCUCCAUCACUUUUUUCCGAUUGUUCCGGGUCAUGCGCCUGGUUAAAUUACUGAGUAAAGGAGAAGGAAUCCGGACCCUCCUCUGGACAUUCAUCAAGUCUUUCCAGGCCUUACCUUAUGUCGCUCUUUUGAUUGCCAUGAUUUUCUUUAUCUAUGCAGUCAUUGGGAUGCAGACAUUCGGGAAAAUUGCGAUGCAAGAGAACACGGAGAUCAACAUGAACAACAACUUCCAAACGUUCCCGCAGGCUGUGCUUCUCCUCUUCAGGUGUGCAACAGGAGAGGCGUGGCAAGAAAUCAUGUUGGCCAGCCUUCCGGGGAAACGCUGCGAUCCGGAGUCCGAUUAUGGCCCCGGAGAGGAGUACACUUGCGGGAGUAACUUUGCAAUCGUCUACUUUAUCAGCUUCUUCAUGCUGUGUGCAUUCCUGAUCAUCAACCUCUUCGUGGCAGUCAUCAUGGACAACUUCGACUACCUGACGCGGGACUGGUCGAUCCUGGGGCCGCAUCACUUGGACGAGUUCAAGCGGAUCUGGUCGGAGUAUGACCCGGAAGCCAAGGGGAGGAUUAAACAUCUGGAUGUGGUCACUCUGCUGCGCCGGAUCCAGCCUCCUUUAGGAUUCGGGAAACUCUGUCCACACAGAGUCGCCUGCAAGAGACUGGUAGCGAUGAAUAUGCCUCUGAACAGCGAUGGGACGGUGUCCUACAAUGCAACACUCUUCGCCUUGGUCAGAACAGCACUCAAGAUUAAAACAGAGGGUAACCUGGAACAAGCCAAUAUGGAGCUGAGGGCCAUCAUCAAGAGAAUAUGGAAACGUACUAAACCCAAAAUCCUGGAUGAGAUUAUUCCCCCUCCGGAAGACGAGGAGGUGACGGUCGGGAAGUUUUAUGCCACCUUCCUGAUCCAGGAUUACUUCCGGAAGUUUCGGAAACGGAAGGAGAAGGGCCUGUUUGGAGAUACAGACCCCUGCAACUCGACCACGCUACAGGCAGGCCUGCGGACUCUUCAGGACGUUGGGCCAGAAAUCAGGCGGGCCAUCUCGUGUGACCUUCUCGAAGAUCCGGAGGACGAGGGAGAGAUGGGGGAUGAAGAUUCGUACCCGACUAUGGAGAGACGUGGGUCUAAGUCCUCCUUGCGCUCUGUUACCAUCCUGAUCAGCAAUGACACCUCUCAGGAUUCGAGUGGCAAGCGGAUGGCGAAUGGGUCAGCUCUCCGCGGGCAGAGCACGAGGGAUGGGAGCCAGGAAGACACGGCUGAGACAUGCCCGGCUAGUCCUGAACGGGUGCACAGCAACGCCAGGAGAGAAUCAACGAAUGAAGUCCAUCCACCAGCCAAUCGGAAAGAGGAUCCAGUGUCGGGUGGGGAAUACAUUGAGGAUUAUCUAUCUGGAGAACAAGGAUAUUACAGUAGGGAUGAGGACAAUGAUAGUGUGACAUCCAGAGACAGGCAGUCAGAGGCCGGUGAGUCCGAGGGCUUUCGCGGUGUUUAUAACAAUACACUCACUUCCAAACCUUAUGGCCAUCGUGACAGUGAGAUCCCUGUCCACUCUGAGGCACGACGUUCACCCCGGAGACGCCUACUUCCUCCAACACCAGCAGGACGCACUCCGAAUUUCAGCAUUCAGUGCUUGAGCCGACAGGACAGCGUUCACGAUAUCCCCAUCCCUGGCACGUACCAGCAACGCAAGCAGCCUCGCCGAGCCCUGCAGCACCAGGCUUACAACGGGGGCAGCUACGACUCCCACAGGAGCAGCAGCCGCUCGUCGGCCGGCUCCAGCCAGUCCUGGGCCAACCCUCCGCCCUCGCGGGCCAAGCGCAGCCGCCUCUUCUACGCCCCGCUGAUCCUGGUGGAGCCGGACGAUGCCUGGGACAAGAAGAAGCGCGGCCUGAACUCGCUGGCGAGGAGCCGCUGGUACACGGAGGAGCAGGAUGUGCCAUACCAGACCUACGCAACGGCGACACUCAGGGUGCCUGGGCAGCUCGACCACCAUUACAAUGACAAGCAGGGCAGCGCCGACAGCCUGGUGGAGGCGGUGAGUCUAAUCCCAGUCUGA